GCAUAUUAUCACAUAUUACGGUAUUAAUUUUCUUAUUGGUUUGAGAACAGUGUCACAGAAUUGGACUAAUCUAAAGUUAUUUUUUAAUCCAAAAUGAGUAUUCAUAAAAUUUGAAAAAUGGAAAUAGGUCGAUGUCGCCCUUAACUUUCAGUUAGACGGAGGAAUUCAUCGGUUUGUUGAUUUAAAAUUUCCGUAAAAAGUAUCAUGGCCUCUAAGACCCAUCUGGAUAGCACGGUUAAUGAACGUCGCUUGCGACCUAUUUAUGAUUCUUUAGACAAUGGAAAUAAUAAACAAGCACUUCAGGAGGCGGAUAAAGUACUUAGAAAACAGCCAGGUAAUCAAUGUGCUAGAGUUCUCAAAGCAUUGGCCUUACUUCGCCUUGGUAAAGAAAAUGAAUGUCAUGCUAUAAUGGAUAAAGUUCGUUCUGAAAUACCAUGCGAAGAUUCAACGUUACAAGCAAUGAGUAUUUGUUAUAGAGAAAUAAAUCAACCUAAUAAAGUUAGUGAAGUAUAUGAGGCUGCAGCAAAGGCAGAUCCAAAUAAUGAAGAACUUCUUACACAUCUUUUUAUGUCUUAUGUUCGCUUGGGUGAUUAUAAAAAACAACAACAAACAGCAUUUGCAUUGUACAAAUUAAAACCGAAAAAUCCUUAUUAUUUUUGGGCUGUUAUGAGUAUAGUUAUGCAAGCCGUACGUGCAGAUAAGAAGUUAGCUAACGAAGUCAUAUUGCCUUUAGCAGAAAGAAUGGUAUUAAAGUUCGUUAAACAAGGAAAAAUAGAAGCUGAACAAGAAGUACAACUUUAUUUAAUGAUAUUAGAACUUCAGGGUAAGAGUGAAAAAAUGUUGGAAGUUUUGUCUGGACCUUUGGCUUCUCAUCUAUCAUCUGUUCCACAACGGAAAGCAGCACUAUUGAUGAAAUUGGAACAAUUCUCUGAAGCUGCAGAUACAUACAAACUUCUUAUUAAGGGAAAUAGUGUUGACAACUGGGAAUACUAUCAAGAUUAUCUUUCUGCGGCAUUGAAAUUUCAAGAACCAUCAGAAUGCUUAAAUUUUCUUAAUGAAAUCAUAUCCACGUCAGAACGGAAAGUGAGAGGACCAUAUCUUGCAAGAUUUGAAUUGUUAAAACGCAUUGGAGAAAGUGAUAAUAAUAAUUUAAUGGAUUGUGUUGAUUUCAUGUGCCAAUAUUUUGAAAAAUUCGGUGAAAAAAGUUGCAUAGCUGGAGAUUUACGAUUAUAUUUACAUUUAUUAACACCUGCUGGCAAAGAACAAUUACUUAAUAAGAUAACUGAAAAUGUUGGAGUUUCACCAGAUGGUUAUCCAAGUACUGUAGAACAAAUGCAACGACAUAUACAUUUAGAACAAUUACGGCGUAUGUGUGGUUAUCACCAUUCUCCUUUAGCAGAUAUAAAUGAAAGAAAAUAUUUAAUAAGGAGAUUAUGUGACCUUUAUGAGAAAGGAAAUGAAUUAUGUCCAAUGACAGAUAGAUUACCAACUGACUUUUGUCCUACAGAUUCUUAUGUACUUUUGGCCACAUAUUUAUUGCAUCAAUUAUGGUGUGAAACUAAUGAAGCUUCUUUUCUUUAUGGGGCAAUGAGCUUACUCGAACGUGGCCUUUUUUCAAGUCCUGCAAAUUUUCAUAUAAAAAUAUUACUGGUACGCACAUACCUAGAAGCUGGUUUAGUUGGUUCUGCUGAUAAUGCUUUUACAUUACUCGAUAUAAAGCAUAUUCAGUUGGAUUCACUGGGCUAUCUACAUGUACCUCUUCUUGCACCACUUGGGCAUUUAUCAUUGGCUUCAACAACACUUGAUCAUUCUACAAAGUUCUUUAUUGCUAAUUAUAAGGAUAGUGCAGAUUAUUUAACAUUCGCUUACAAAUAUGGAAGUUUUACAAAAAUUCAAGAAUUUAUGGAAUUGAGAGAACAUCUGGAAAAUUCUUUACAUUUUGCUGUGACAACUAUUGACAAAAUGUUAUUAGAUUUGAGUUGUUGUGAUAAUUUUAAGUCUCUCUUUUCUGCUUUGACUAGUAUGCAUAUUCAACCACAUGAAGAUAGAAUCAGGUGGGAUCAAUUACGUGAUAAUCGUGAUUUGGAGGUUGUACGUGAAUGGGAACCUUUAUCUGAAAAUGGCGAAGAUCCAAGAAAACGAGAAGAAACUUGUGUAUGCAUGUUAAGACUACUUGCAGCACGAAAUUUAAUUUUACGAAUUCUAGCAGCAACAGCAGAGCCAAAUCCUUCACUUCUUUUUUGUCUCUCAACAGAUUUGCAACAAUUAGAUAAUGAUCUUAUUCCUGAAAUCCUUCAAAAGUUCAAUAUAGACGAGAAAAGAGAUAAACCAUAUGGUGUAUUAGUUCCUUUAGAUGCAGUAGAAAGGUUACGCGAAGCUCAUUAUUCUGAACAAUUGAAAACUAUAGCGCGAUUUGCAGAAUUUUUAGGUCAAUCUUUUUCUCUUUAUAAUGAUUGUAUAGAAAUGCUCAAAAAUAGUUUAUGUUUACAACCACUAUGUCUUCCUGAACACAACAAUCCUAUAUCUUACAAAAACAUUUUAUUAAGAGUCUCUACGUGUAGUGAAACACUUGCAAUAAUUAGUGCAAUGUGUAUUUCAUAUAUAUCACGAUUUCAACCUAUAACAUCGAAUAGAAAGAAUAAGAAAAAUGAAAGUCAUGAGAGUUGGCGAGAAAUUGCUGUUUUUCUCACAGAAAAAGUGCGACAUUUAGAUGCAGCUUUAAAACAAUUAGAGAUGUAUCCAUUUCAAACAGGAUUAGAUGGUGAAGAUAAAAUAUGUGCCAUGAUUAUAAAGCAAGGACAAGCCAGUCUCGUACAAAGUUGCAAAUCAUUAAAAUCACGUUCUCAAUUGACAUUAAAACUUUUGAGCAGCUUGAAAAGCUGAAAUUACACAAAAACUUUGUACAAAGAAUAUUCUAUCCAUCCGUCAAUCUACUGAUCUUAAACAUGAUUUAUUAAGCAUGUAAAUAUUUCUUAACUUUAAGCAAUUUUAAUAAAGAACUGAGUUGUUUAAAUUGUUUA